AUGGAUGAUGAAGUAUCUGUCCCUGCUCUGGUAUCCUCUAGACCCUCCUCCAACUUCGAUCCAGGCAACUAUGUUGAGAUCAGUGACUCCACCACCCACAACCCCUCGAAAGUGGCGAUGCAAGACAUAACUAUGGAGCUGCAUUGCCCGCUGUGUAAUGACUGGUUCCGUGACCCACUGAUGCUAAGCUGCGGCCACAACUUCUGCCAAACCUGUAUCCAAGACUUCUGGAAGCGGCAAGUAAAGGAAACUUUCUGUCCUGAGUGUAAGAUGCUAUCUCACUAUAGCAAUUGUACCUUCAACCUUGUGCUGGAGAAGCUGGUGGAGAAGAUUAAGAAGUUAUCCCUGCUCAAGAGUCAUCCACAGUGUCCAGAGCAUGGAGAGAGCCUGAAACUGUUCUGUAAGACAGAUGGAAAACUGAUCUGCUUUCAAUGCAAGGAUGUACGGCUGUCUAUGGGGCAGUCUAAGGACUUCCUGAAAAUCUCUGAUGCUGUCCAAUUCUUUAUGGAAGAGCUUGCCAUCUAUCAGGGCCAGCUGGAGAAAAACUUGAAGGAACUUCAGUCUCUGAGAAAUAUGCAGAAGGACGCCAUUUCUGCUUAUAAGGAAAACAAGAUACAUCUGCAACAACACAUUUCCUUGGAGUUUCUAAAGCUGCAUCAGUUCCUGCACAGCAGAGAAAAGGACAUUCUAAAUGACCUCCGGGAAGAAGGGAAGGCCUUGAAUGAGGAGAUGGAGCUGAACAUGAACCAUAUCCAGGAGCAGUGUCUCCUGGUCAAAGAUAUGCUGGCGAAUGUACAGGCACGGUUGGAACAGCAGAACACCUUCGUCUUCCUCAAAGAUAUCACAAAGCUCAUAGAUAGAGUGGAUCAAGAAAUGAAGAUGCUGGCACCCAGAGAACUUAUCUCCAGGAAGCUGAACCCAGGUCUCUUCAAAGGUCCCAUCCAGUACAUGGUAUGGAGAGAAAUGCAGUCCACUCUCUCGCCAGGCCUCUCUCCAUUAAGUCUGGAUCCUAAAACAGCUCAUCCAAAUCUGGUGCUAUCCAAAACCCACACCAGUGUGUGGCACGCUGACAUUAAGCAAGCGAUACCUGACGAUCCAGAGAGGUUUGACUCAAGUGUGGCUGUACUGGGCUCAACAGGCUUUACCUGCGGAAAGUGGUACUGGGAAGUAGAAGUGGCAAGGAAGACAAAAUGGACCGUUGGAGUGGCCAGAGAGUCCAUCAUUCGAAAGGGGAGCUGUCCUCUCACUCCUGAGCAAGGGUUCUGGCUUUUAAGACUAAGGAAUCAAACUGACCUAAAGGCUCUGGAUUUUCCUUCUUAUAGUCUGGAACCUGCCGACCUUGAGAGGGUGGGCAUUUACCUGGAUUACGAGGGAGGACAGGUGUCCUUCUACAAUGCUAAAACCAUGGCCCACCUUUACACCUUCAGCACCAUUUUCACGGAGAAACUUUAUCCCUACUUCUGCCCCUGCCUUAAUGAUGGUGGAGAGAAUAAAGAACCAUUGCACAUUGUACAUCCACAGUGA